CACAUCAAAGAAGUAGUAGAGGACGAAGAAGAAGCAGAGAAUUAAAAAUAAUAAUAAUAAUAAUAAUAUUGGCGCAUGCGUGAACACGUCUUUGCCCUUGUUUUUACACCGUUCAGCAGACACAUGGUAUCCUAUCGAUUACUUCCGACGACGGUGUUCGGGCGUUAGACAGCUGUUUGUCGAUAUGAACCGAGGAUUGCUUAUAUGCUUACGUGGCAAAGACUUGCUGAGAAAAUCCACUCGGGCGGUUCAACAUAAAAUCAUUCGCCACUACAACUGUGAAGCAGAAAGUGAAAUAAAGCGGUUUAUUGCAGAAAAUACUGAGAUAGUCAGAGAUCAAAGUUUAACACCAGAGAUCUCUUUAAGACUAUUUACAGUGAAAUGUCGCUUCUGGACGGAGAGACCAGAGCUCUGGCCAUUUCCUGAUCCCUUUUGGGCAAUAUACUGGCCUGGGGGACAGGCACUGGCCAGGCAUCUUCUAAACAACCCAGAGCUGUCUGCAGGUAGAAAAGUGUUGGAUCUGGGAUGUGGCUGCGGUGCAUCUGCUAUUGCUGCUAAACUUAGUGGGGCUGCUCAUGUUGUAGCCAAUGACACUGAUCCAGUUGCUGCUAUUGCCACAAAGAUGAACUGUGAGCUGAAUGGUUUAGAGCCUUUGCCCUGCGUGACUGAGAACCUGAUUGGAUCAGAACCUGAGAACUGGGACCUCAUUUUACUGGGAGACAUGUUCUAUGAGGAGACACUUAUCGACAGCUUACAUAAUUGGCUGAACAAAUGUGUAAAACUGCAGAGAACACAGAUCCUUAUUGGAGACCCAGGAAGAGCUCAGUUUGAGAGCCAUGAAAUCAAGAAACUGUUGUAUGAAGAGGCUCAGUUUGAUUUACCAGACUCAGUUCGGGAGGAAAAUUAUGGACUUACAAAUAGCACAGUGUGGAGCUACAGACCUGAAAACUAGUUGAGUUUAAAUUAAAAUAAAAAUAUCUGUAUAUUACUAUCUAAUCCUUUAAAGUAAUGUAAUAAGAAUUUUAUUAUAUUAUUAUAUUAUUUUUGGAAAGCAGUUUGUAAAAUGUUCACUAUUUCUUGUAUGAAUGAAGUUCUUUUCUGCAAGAGUGCUUUCUGUAAAACUGCACUUGAGUUCCUUCAAGAAAUUGGUAGAGUAAGAGCCAUUAAAAUAAAUAAAAUAAAAAAUCAUUCUUUAAUUUGGAGAAGAUGCAAUACUCUCCCUCCUAUCAGCUCCCACCUGAUAUCUUACCUUUAUUUCCCCCUCGUUCACAUGGCUUUUCCCCCCCUUAUUUCAUUUUUAAAUAUUUGUUAAACAUAACCCUGUUCAUUGAUUGGCUAUGUUGCAAGACUUUGUACUGUAGUGACACAGUAGCCCUACAAUAACCCAAGCUAGCUCAAAUAUUUAACCAUAAAAUACAUUUAAAAAUGACCUUAUAAGACAAAAUAAAUAAAUCAGCCAGAUUCAUGAAGACCGGAGGAGGAGGCGUUUAGUUUAUAACAGUUAACAGUCAAGCAAAACAGCUGGUACCAGGAAUACAAGUACCAUAAACAUGUGACUUGUAUCAAGGUUUCACUGGUUACAGUAUCCGUUCAUACAUUUCAUUGUAUUAAAUUUGCAUGUACAAUUGAAACACCAAACAAGUGGGUCCUUUUGAGAACGAGGAGAAACGGUGAAAGAGAGCUAAACGUGUAA